AUGUCUGAAUAUGGUGUUCCAGACGCGCUCAGCCCAGGACUUGAGAUCAAUGACCUACCUGCCACCAUCGAUUUGAAUGGUGAUGCGCCCGUAUUUCCUCUACUACAGAACAAUGGCGCUGGAAGCCCCUUAUCAUCUGAAGCGCCUGGCGGCCCCACUAUCGAAGAGGACGACAACGACGAUGAGCCAGCUGUAGCGAAGCCCUUCGUGCGGACGACGAGCCCCGACCCAUCUACACGAGCCUUCCCUGAUACCUUCGACGAUCGUGUGCCAGAUAGGCUGAUUUACAAGAUGCACAAGUUCAGCCUGUACGAAACGGCCAGUCGAUAUUACAUUGUCGGUGUUGAUGUCAGCGAGAAGCGGUAUAGGAUUCUCAAGAUUGACCGAACCACCGAGGGAGCCGAGCUCAAUGUGACCGACGACAAGAUUGUCUACAGCCUCAAGGAGAUGAACCAAUUGUUGGACACGAUAGACGAUGGCAACCGAGGUACGGGUGGCAUCAAACUCCGUUGCACUACCUGGGGCUUGCUCGGCUUUAUCAAGUUCACCGGACCUUAUUACAUGCUCCUUAUCACCAAGAAGAGCACUGUUGCCAUGAUCGGGGGCCAUUAUAUAUACCAGAUCGAAGGAACUGAACUCGUUCCCCUUACGCCCACCAAAUUUAAACCCGACACCCGCAACACUGAGGAGCAGCGGUUUCUCGGCAUCUUGAACAACCUUGACCUGACGCGCUCUUUCUACUACAGCUAUUCUUAUGACGUUACGCGCACAUUGCAGCAUAAUGUUAUUCGAGAGCGCGACGCUUUAGCCAAGGGUAUGCUUCCGCCAGAUGAAGAGAACUUCAAUUCCAUGUUCGUUUGGAAUGACUACUUGCUUCAGCCCGCGGUCGGUGCCCUGCGGGAUCCGUAUGACUGGUGCCGACCAAUCAUUCAUGGAUAUAUCGAUCAAGCAGCCCUCUCAAUUUAUGGACGGACUGCACACAUCACAGUCAUCGCAAGGCGGUCGCGCUACUUCGCAGGAGCCCGGUUCUUGAAGCGCGGAGCCAACGAUCUUGGCUAUGUCGCCAACGACGUGGAGACUGAACAGAUCGUGGCCGAGUCUCUCACCACAUCAUUCCAUGCACCCGGUCCUCAGCUAUACUGUAGCCCUCAGUACACAUCCUACGUUCAACACAGAGGCAGCAUACCGCUUUAUUGGACUCAAGAUAGCACAGGUGUAACGCCCAAGCCCCCAAUCGAGCUAAACUUGGUGGACCCUUUCUACGGCGCAGCGGCCUUGCAUUUCGAUAACCUAUUUGAAAGAUAUGGCGCGCCCAUCUAUGUCGUCAAUCUGAUCAAGUCCAAGGAGCGAACACCCCGAGAAUCCAAGCUAUUGGAAGAGUACACGCAUGCCAUCAACUAUCUAAACCAAUUUUUGCCCAAGGACAAGAAUAUCAUCCAUAAAGCUUGGGAUAUGAGUCGUGCGUCGAAAGUGCGCGGCGGGGAUGUUAUCGGAAACCUUGAGCUAAUAGCAGAGUCAGUGCUUGAUACUACAGGGUUUUUCCAGAACGGAGAUGGCCUGACAAGUCCCAUGACGGCGCAGAACGGAGUGGCCAGGACUAACUGUAUCGAUUGCUUGGACCGCACCAACGCGGCACAGUUUGUUAUUGGCAAGAGAGCACUAGGCCAUCAGCUUCAUGCACUUGGUAUCUUGGAGAACACCUCUAUUGAUUACGACACAGAUGCGGUCAACCUAUUCACUCACAUGUGGCAUGAUCAUGGUGAUACCAUCGCCGUUCAAUACGGCGGCUCACAGCUGGUGAACACUAUGGAAACAUAUCGCAAGAUCAACCAGUGGACCAGCCAUUCAAGAGACAUGAUCGAGAGUUUCAAACGGUAUUACAAUAAUUCUUUCCUCGACAGUCAGCGCCAAGAGGCUUACAACCUUUUCCUUGGCAACUACAUAUUCUCCCAUGGUCAACCCAUGCUAUGGGAUCUUGCUACCGACUAUUACCUUCAUCAUGCCAAUCCCCGAGAUUGGUCCGUCAGGAUGCAACAUAACUACAUCAAUUGGUAUGUUCCAGCUCACUUACAGAAAAGAACCGUACCGCCAUACGUACCUAGCAAAGAUAUUGCCCGCGCUCAUCCCGUUGAGUUCUUUGAUGAUUACUGGCUUGAGUAUUAUAGGCCUUCGACCCUGUCUUCCUUUCCCAAGAUGUUUGCCUACAAGAUGAAUUCGACUAUUAAAUACAUUCCUCUCAAGUCGACGCAAGAUGGUCGCUACGACCUCAGUCCUUUCCGGGUUCGUACAGAUAACGAGACCGAGCACAGUGACAAGAAGAAAUCUAAGAAAGAAACCACGUCAAGUGGGAAUGUGCCAGUCUCGGAACGAGGGGCCGUAUUAGGAAGCGGGGCAUCAGACAUAGCCUCAAGCAGAUCGCCAGCAAAAGGCAUAUCUCUCCAACGUUGGUUACAGCCUGCUCAGGACAAGAACGCCCUAAUUAAUUCUCAACGGCUGGAUACCAAUCAGUCUUUGCAAGAGGCUGAGCAUAGCCCCAAGGCGAAACCAACCGCGUUAGAGAAAUCUAAAGCUGCACAGUGGACCUUCACCAAAGCUGUUCAUGAUUCCUUGAACCCAUCCGUCGCCGAGCAAGAAUCUAAAGAUUAUGAGCGAUAUAUCAAACAUCCUCAGAAUCUUCCUCUUGUCGUCUCUAGUGACACGCCUGUCGACGUGGACGCAUCCGAAUAUCAGGAGUACGUUAGUGGUGAUUGGCAAGACGAAGGUCUAAUUGUCAAAGGAACUGAAGAGGAGAUUGAUGUCUAUGCCGAAUUACUUAAGGUGGGGGAGAACCCUUUGACUGUGACUGAGGAAGACGGCCCCAAGAAACGAUACAAAGCCUAUAGGAAAUGGCUACGUGGCAAAUCCUUCUUCAAACAACAGCCCUUUGACUAA